AUGCCCACAAACGGAAUUAACAGGGCCCUGAAGCUGCAGUUUGGCCUCAUUAACUAUGAGAACCGCUACCUGACGGCUGAGGCCUUUGGCUUCAAGGUGAAUGCCUCAGGCACCAGCAUGAAGAAGAAACAGAUCUGGACCUUGGAGCAGGACGAGCAAGAUGGCCAAGUAGUGUUCCUCCGCAGCCACCUGGGACGCUAUCUGGCCUCUGAUAAAGAUGGGAAGAUUGCAUGUGGGGCAGAGAAGCCUGACCCUGACUGCCGUUUCCUUAUUGUGCCGCAAUCUGAUGGUCGCUGGGCACUUCAAUCAGAGUCUUACCUGCGUUACUUUGGAGGCUCCGCUGACUACCUGUCCUGCUUUGCCCAAGUCAUUGGGGAACAAGAGCUGUGGGCCGUCCAUUUGGCUUUACACCCACAGGCCAGCCUGCUCAGUGUGGCACGUAAGCGCUAUGCCCAUCUGUCUGCUUCAGAUGGAGAGAUCUCAGUGGACAGCAACAUUCCCUGGGGAGUGGACUCCCUGGUCACCUUGGUAUACCUGGAAGGCAAGUACAGCCUGAAGACCUGUGACAGCCGUUUCCUCAGAAAUGAUGGCAAACUGGUGAAGGAGAACACCAAUACUACUAGCUUCACACUGGAGCUGAAAUCUGGCAAGCUGGCCUUUAAGGACUGUGAUGGAAAAUAUCUGACCCCAGUUGGUCCAACAGGAACACUGCGUUCUGGCAGAUGCUCCAAGCCUGGAAAAGAUGAGCUGUUUGAUCUCGAGGAGAGUCAUCCACAAGUAGUUUUUCAAGCCGCCAAUAAAAGAUUUGUCUCAGUCAAGCAAGGAGUGAGUAUUUCAGCCAAUCAGGAUGUGGAGACAGACAUGGAGACCUUCCAAAUGGAGAUUGAUAAGGAGAGCAAAAAGUCCAUGUUCAGGACCAAUGGCGGAUCCUACUGGACUCUAGUGACUCACGGAGAGAUCCAGUCCACUGCCACAGAAGUAGAGGUCAACACAAUGUUUGACAUUGAGUGGCGAGGACAGAGGGUGGCACUCAAGGCAAGUAAUGGAAAGUAUGUGUGUACAAAGAAGAAUGGGCAGCUCUCAGCAGUCAGCGAUUCAGUGGGAGAUGGUGAAUUAUUCUUGAUGAAACUCAUCAACCGCCCUAUGCUGAUCCUCUGUGGAGAGAAUGGCUUUGUUUGUCACCACAAGAAUUCCAACACUCUGGAUGCAAAUCGUUCCGUCUACGACAUUUUCUCAUUGAUCUUCAAUGACGGCGCCUACAAUGUAAAAAGUGUGAAUGGAAAGUUCUGGUACGUCUCUAGCAAUGGCUUGGUGUGCUCAGAUGGAGAAAAGCCAGAGGACUUUUUCCUUGAGUUCCUGGAACAUGGACGCAUCGCAAUCAAAGGCUCCAAUGGCAAGUAUCUUCGUGGAGACCAGGGAGGCACGCUUAUGGGUGAUGGUACAUCUGUCGAUGUAUCUUCUCUCUGGGAGUACUGA